UUUAUGAGAAGCCAAGCUAAAGAGAGAGACGAGAGAAAAAGAGAGAGACGAGAGCUUGUUCAGUACUUGAAGAUGAAAUCACAAGACUUGACCCCUCUCUCUUUAACUCUCUUUCUCUACCUCUCUCAGUUUUGUACUAUCUCUCUGAUCUAACCAAAUUUAAAUAAAUAGAAUAAAAAAGCUUCCUUUCAAAAGAAAUAAUAGUUGGUUUGAUUUAAAAUUAAAUCUUGUAAUAGUUCUAGGAAAAUAUUUGAAGAACAAGAAGAAGAGAAAAAAAAAUGGGAAAUGUUUCUCCUGAUUUGAUCAAGCAAUUUCAAACUUUAAUGGAGGAAGAAGAUGGGCAUUUGCAACUCACAUUCAAGAAUAUACACCAGGGUUUUGUAGAUGAAGCCUUAGUGAGAUUUCUCAAAGCAAGAGACUGGAAUGUUGCCAAAGCACGAAAGAUGUUGGUGGAUUGCUUGAACUGGAGAAUAACAAACGAAAUUGACAGUAUAUUGACUAAACCUAUAGUUCCUACUGAUUUAUAUAGAGGAAUUCGGGAUUCUCAGCUCAUUGGGUUGUCAGGUUACUCAAAUGAGGGACUUCCUAUAUUUGCUAUUGGUGUAGGGCAAAGUACGUUUGACAAAGCUUCUGUCAACUAUUAUGUCCAGUCACACAUUCAAAUCAAUGAGUAUCGGGACCGUGUUGUGUUGCCUAAUGCGACAAAGAAAUUUGGGCGACAUAUUGGUACGUGUGUGAAAGUUUUGGACAUGACUGGCUUAAAGCUUUCAGCGUUGAGCCAAAUUAAGCUAUUGACUGUGAUAUCUACCAUUGAUGACCUGAAUUAUCCCGAGAAGACAGACACUUACUACGUCGUAAAUGUCCCUUACAUAUUUUCGGCAUGCUGGAAGGUAGUGAAACCUCUACUGCAAGAGAGGACUAGGAAGAAGAUUCAGGUUCUGCAGGGUUGUGGAAGAGAUGAGUUAUUGAAGAUAAUGGACUUAGAAUCCAUACCUCAUUUCUGUAGAAAAGAAGGUUCUGGUUCCUCAAGGCGUUCAAGCAAUGGAAGUGAUGAUUGCUUCUCUUUAGAUCAUUCUUUCCAUCAAGAGCUCUAUAGCUAUACGAAGCAGCAAUCCAGGAGCUUGAAACCCAUUGCUCCUCUCAAACAAGGGUCUUUCCACGUGACUUUUCCACAGACAGAUGUGGAAGGUACAAAGAUUGCUGAAACCAUUGAGUCCGAGUUCCACAAGUUUGGGGGUAUGAAUGGCGUCUGCAAUUCUGUUAACGUGCUCAAAAUUGACGAAUAGUAGGGAAAAAUAGAAAACAGUCAUGUAUGUAUACCAGUUAUGAUACUAUGAAACCCUAGACACUACCUGCCUCGCCAUAUUACUUUAUAUAAUAGAUGUCAGGCAAAGAGAGAGGGGUCUGGAUUCCAGAUUAUGUAUUCGGAUGCUUAUAUUAAUAGCUCUUGCAUCAGCUCGAUGCAAAGUUGUUUAGGAAAUGCUAGUUAGGCUUUUCAGUUAAUCUUCUUGUUGGUACACUAUAUUAUCUAAGCUAGGUUGAAGCUGUCUCAAACUGGAGCGGCCGUGUAGGAUGCAAGAGGAGAAAACAGAUGUCGCUGUAAGCAUUUUAAUCUAUAAAUCCAGUUUAUUAGUAGUAUUUUAAUUUUAA